CCCCUUUUCUAUCUACCGCAUUCAGGCCUCUGAGUUUCGUUCGUUCUCCCCGGUUCAGUUCCAGAGAGAGAGAGAGAGAGAGAAGCGCACAGAAAUGAAAAUCUCGUGGAUUUGGAAAACCUAGGGUUUCGAGACUAAGGAUCUGCUGGCCUCGUUUUUGGACUGUUUGCCGUCUAUAAAAUGGCGACGCCAUUGACAGGGCUUCAACAUAGAGAUGGAGGUUUGGGUCUGAUGGCGGGGCCUGCCAACCAAAUGGAUUCUUCUCCUUCGAAGAGUUGCUUGAAGAGCUCAGCUCUCAAGUCUCCUAUUCUCAUCUUCUUGUUCUUCCACAAGGCCAUCCGUUCGGAGCUCGAUGGCCUGCAUCGUGCGGCCAUGGAUUUUGCUACUAAUCAGGACAGUGAUAUUAAUCCUUUGUUGGAACGCUACCACUUUUUUCGCGCAAUCUACAAGCACCACUGUAAUGCUGAGGACGAGGUCAUAUUUCCAGCUCUUGAUAGACGUGUGAAGAAUGUUGCACGGACUUACUCCCUUGAACAUGAGGGAGAAAGUGCCCUUUUUGAUCAACUAUUCGAGCUGUUGAAUUCAAAAACUCAAAACGAAGAAAGCUAUCGGAGAGAGUUAGCCUUAUGCACCGGAGCUCUUCAAACUUCAAUUAGUCAGCACAUGUCCAAGGAAGAGGAACAAGUGUUCCCCUUGCUGAUUGAGAAGUUUUCUUUUGAAGAGCAGGCAUCAUUGAUUUGGCAGUUUCUGUGCAGCAUUCCUGUUAAUAUGAUGGCAGAGUUCCUUCCGUGGCUUUCUUCCUCUAUUUCAUCUGAUGAACAUCAAGAUAUGCAUAAAUGCUUGUGCAAGAUAGUCCCAGAAGAGAAGCUUCUUCAACAGGUUAUUUUCACCUGGAUGGAAAAUAUUCAGAAAAGUUCUGAAGAUAAUCCUAAUGACAGAGGUCCUCAUUCUGGGGCCAGAACCUUAAUCAGUCGAACUAAGAACUGGGAAUGUGCAUGUGAAUCUUUGAAAACUGGUAAAAGGAAAUAUUUGGAGCCCAAUAAUGUUACAACUGCUUCAACUCUGGCAUGUCCAAUAGAUGAAAUAUUGCAUUGGCAUAAAGCAAUAAAAAGAGAGUUGAAUGAUAUAGCAGAGGCAGCAAGGAAGAUACAACUUUGUGGAGAUUUCUCUGAUUUAUCUGCUUUCAACAAGAGGCUGUUGUUUAUUGCAGAAGUUUGUAUUUUUCACAGUAUUGCUGAGGACAAAGUUAUAUUCCCUGCUGUAGAUGCAGAACUCUCUUUUGCCCAGGAGCAUGCAGAAGAAGAAAGCCAAUUUGAUAAACUUAGGUGCUUGAUAGAAAGCAUUCAAAGUGCCGGAGCCAACUCAUCUUCUGCUGAAUUUUAUACAAAGUUAUGCUCACAGGCUGAUCAAAUAAUGGAUACGAUACAGAAGCACUUUCACAAUGAAGAAGUUCAGGUUCUUCCACUUGCUCGAAAGCAUUUUAGCCCCAAAAGACAGCGUGAACUUCUGUAUCAAAGCCUAUGUGUGAUGCCCUUAAGAUUGAUUGAGUGUGUCCUGCCAUGGUUGGUUGGAUCCCUUGAUGAAGAAGCAGCAAGGUCUUUUCUUCAAAAUAUGCAUUUGGCAGCUCCAGCUUCAGAUAGUGCACUUGUUACACUUUUUUCUGGCUGGGCAUGCAAAGGCCGCUCUAGGGAUGCAUGCUUGUCUUCUGGUGCAGUUGGUUGCUGUCUUGCCAAAAUACUGACCACAACCACAGGAGAUCCUGAUCAGUCUUUUUGUGCAUGCACCCCUUUGUUUUCUGCUAAGGAAAAUUCUACAUCAGAUCACUUGGAUGAUGAUGAAAGGCCAGUUAAGCGUGGAAACUGUACUUCAUGGGAAGACAGUAAUGCUUGUGACCCUAGAAGAACUGUAAACAUACAGAAAUUAGCUUGUAGUAAUCAGUCUUGCUGUGUCCCUGAGUUAGGAGUGAAUAACAGUAAUCUAGGAACGGGUUCUCUUGCUUCAGCAAAAUCUUUGCGCUCCUUAUCUUUUAUUCCUUGUGCUCCUUCCCUCAACUCCAGUCUUUUUAAUUGGGAAACAGAUGUAAGCUCUCCUGAUAUUGGGAGUGCGACGCGACCUAUUGAUAACAUAUUCAAAUUUCAUAAAGCCAUCCGCAAAGAUUUGGAGUAUUUGGAUGUUGAAUCUGGAAGACUUAAUGAUUGUAAUGAUACUUUCCUUAGGCAGUUCAGUGGUAGGUUUCGUUUGUUAUGGGGCUUAUAUAGGGCUCACAGUAAUGCUGAGGAUGAUAUUGUCUUCCCAGCAUUAGAAUCUAGAGAGACUCUUCAUAAUGUUAGCCACUCUUACACUUUGGACCACAAGCAGGAAGAAAAACUAUUUGAAGACAUUUCAUCUGUGCUCUCUGACCUUACUCUGCUUCAUGAGAGUUUGAACAGUGCAAAUAUGCCUGAAGAGUCAACUAGAAUUAAUCUAGAUUCUUCUCAUCAUAAUGACAGUAUCAGAAAGUACAAUGAACUUGCUACGAAGCUUCAGGGCAUGUGCAAAUCCAUUAGAGUGACACUGGAUCAACAUGUUUACAGGGAAGAACUUGAGCUUUGGCCAUUGUUUGACAAACAUUUUUCUGUGGAGGAACAAGACAAAAUUGUUGGCCGUAUUAUUGGUACUACAGGUGCAGAGGUGCUCCAAUCGAUGUUGCCAUGGGUUACAUCUGUUCUUACUGAGGAAGAGCAGAACAAAAUGAUGGACACAUGGAAGCAGGCAACAAAGAACACAAUGUUUAGUGAGUGGCUUAAUGAAUGGUGGGAAGGAACUGCUGCUGCAUCUCCACUGGCCUUUACAUCAGAAAAUAAGAUUUCACAAGGCAUCAAUGUUCACGAAAGCCUGGACCACAGUGAUCAUACUUUCAAGCCUGGCUGGAAAGAUAUUUUUCGGAUGAAUGAAAAUGAGCUUGAAUCAGAGAUAAGAAAAGUUUCUCGAGAUUCAACUCUUGAUCCAAGGAGAAAAGAUUAUCUUAUUCAAAAUCUUAUGACAAGUCGCUGGAUAGCUGCUCAGCAAAAGUUACCUCAAGCAAGGACAGUUGAAACUUCAAAUGGUGAGAAUGUGCUUGGAUGCAUUCCAUCAUUUCGAGAUCCAGAUAAGCAAAUAUUUGGGUGUGAGCAUUACAAGAGGAACUGCAAACUCCGUGCUUCAUGCUGUGGCAAGUUGUUUGCUUGCAGGUUUUGCCAUGAUAAAGUCAGCGAUCAUUCAAUGGAUAGGAAGGCUACAUCUGAAAUGAUGUGUAUGUUCUGCCUAAGAAUCCAGCCUAUUGGACCAAUUUGCACAACACCUUCCUGUGGUGGAUUGUUGAUGGCAAAAUAUUAUUGCAGCAUCUGCAAAUUUUUUGAUGAUGAGAGGACAGUUUAUCAUUGCCCAUUUUGCAACUUGUGCCGUGUUGGGAAGGGACUUGGUGUCGACUUCUUUCAUUGCAUGACAUGCAAUUGUUGUCUGGCCAUGAAGUUGGCUGACCACAAGUGCCGGGAGAAAGGCUUAGAAACAAACUGCCCCAUCUGCUGUGAUGACAUGUUCUCAUCAAGUGCGGUUGUACGAGCUCUUCCUUGUGGCCAUUUCAUGCAUUCAGCUUGCUUCCAGGCAUACACUUGCAGUCACUAUAUUUGUCCAAUUUGUAGCAAAUCCUUGGGAGAUAUGGCAGUUUACUUUGGUAUGCUUGAUGCAUUAUUAGCUUCUGAGGCGCUUCCUGAAGAAUACAGGGAUCGCUGUCAGGACGUACUGUGCAAUGACUGUGGUAAGAAGGGAACCUCGCCCUUUCACUGGCUGUACCACAAAUGCAGGUUUUGUGGAUCUUAUAACACCAGGGUAAUCAAGGUUGAGUCGACAAAUUUGGACUGCUCAACAUCAAACUAGGGGGCAAUCUGGCCUCUUUGCAGUUGAUUUGGGCGUGUAAAUAUCUUUGUGCCUACACACCUAUACAUGGCUUUGUAAAUCACCUGCCAUUACAGUAGUCAAUUCAAAUAUUCCAAAAAUUUUGGAAAAUUUUUGUCAAUAUUGUCAUCACCAUUACCAAUGAAUGAAGCUGGUCAUCCUGCAUAUUACUUCUUGGUGGCUAAUUUUUUCAUCCAGAAACAAAACAUUGCUGGGGAAACCAUAGAGGAAUUGAAGACAGAAUUAUGCCUGUAUUGAACAGGAAAUUACUACCCAAGUGGUUUUAUAGGUAAUCUGUUUUGUUUUUCAGCAA